UUCGUCCCUGCAUGGAGAAAGCUAUAGCCGUAGUGCAGUUUUGUAUACAAAGCUGACUUUGAAGUACGUGUACUUUGACACCCCCUGGGUAGUAUUCCCCUAUUGUCCAAGCCCCACAGAUCUGUGUACCAAACAACCAUUUCGUCUAAAAUCCUUCACCAUCCGACGAUAACGAACAAUCACUCCGACUCUGACGGUAGCCAGGCUUGAAGAGUUCAUCUAUGGGCCACUGGGUCUGUUUUAAUGGAAAGAAAAUACUCCGCCUGGGGGCUAUUCUAGAGGAAAAUUACCAUAACGCUGAGUAGGGAACGUUAAUCCCGACGGAAACAAACCAGUCUAACGACAGGAUUGUCUCAGUUCCUGGUGGUUACGUGGGCGUUUUUCUCGGGAAGACGACUAGUGAGGUUAUACAGCACCCGCGAGGAGCAUCAGAAUGUCUGCUAAACGCACCGAACAAGACGCAAAACGACGUGACAAAGACCGGUGUAGGUCGGCAAAAACAAAAGAAGGUUUAAGAAGACUACAAGAGCUGGUGUCUAAAACCGAGGCUGUUGUCAACAGGUUGGCUGACCUGGACGCGGACCUGGUUACCAAGGCAACGGUUAUCGUGGCCCAACAGAGGGGGAGAAAUGGCGGGAAAAGUGUCAGCCCGAGGUCAAAAUCAUCGCUGUCAAGUCAAGAAACUUUACAAGAGACACCUAUACACCAUAAUCCGUCCACAAACGUUGAAACGCUUGAAGAUCGUGAGAAUUCUCCAAAGGUUUACGGUGACAACAAAAGUUACACAAAUCUUCAAGCCGAGGCUUUCUCAAACGAAAAUGGCGUAUCAACUGAAGACGACACUUCCUCGCAUAAAAUGGACGACAACACUGACGCAAACGAUAUCCAGUCCCAGUCUGAACUACAGGUAGAAACAAACAUUGCUACUGUUGCUGACGAGUCCAAAACGCAUUCUGCCGAUGGCAAUUUCGCGAAAAUCGACCAACCUGAAAACAAAGGGCUGGAAAACCAUUCAAAUAGUGACACAUCAACCCAAAGUGUAUCAAAACCAGGAGAAAACGGAGAAGAAACUAUUGACACAGAGAAUUUGUCACCCAGCAUAGCAGUUCCUACUGAUUAUGAUGAAAAGAGCGAUACGCUAGGGUCGGAUGUCGCUGGGAGUCAACAGUACUGCGAUGUGACACCUGCUACAGACAGGCAAACACCGGAUAAAACAGGCGACUCAAACUCAGGACAACAACCCUCCGCUAACAACAGAACGCUCCCAUCAUCUCCGACAACGGUCACUCAUGAUGACGAAGACGACAUCGCAGCCAAACAGUCAGCAUCCUCCCUCAUCAAGAUAGAAGUUCAAAACGACGUCGACGAUCAGAAGGACCCAGAUCAUAACAAGGGGCAAGUUGAAGUGUGUACGGCUCUUAUGAAGGAUGAAGGUAUGGGAGAAGAAAAAGAGUUUCUAGAAACCACUAACCCCCAGAAUGACCCACCAGCCCAGGUAGAUGGAGACUCACCGGUCCCCGACGUCUCAUCCAAUCAGCAUCCCCUGGAAAGUCACCAGUCCGAAUCUACAAACACCAAUCAGCAGCCUUUACAGGAAACUCCGACCAAUGAACAGUCCGCGUCUACAAACCCUCCAGCAACCAAUAAGGAACAGGCCGCAGAAAUGCCAACCAAUCAGAAGUCUUCACAGAAAAUCCCAUCUAAUGAGCAGCUCGCAUCUACAAAGGCUCCGAAAGCCAAUCAACAGCAACUUCCAAAGAAUGCACCCAAUCAACAUCAGCCACCAAAGACGACCCAAACCCAGCAGCGAUCCAAAUCUACAAAAGCCCCGUCCACAAAUCAGAAGCCUGCACCGAAAGUGACAACCAAUGAAAAGCCGUCUCCUAAAGACAAGCCAGAGGCCAAUCAGAAGCUUUCUCCCAGUAACUUGUCAAAAACGAAAUCACCAUCCACAAAUAAUUUAGCCCCUAAGCAGAAUGAUUUAUCAAAGUCUUCCGCAAAGAAACAGCCCUCGUCGAUCGCAUCUCUUCCUAAAAUCCAGUAUCCUGCUCUGAAGAAACAAAAACCACUGAAAACAACAGAAACUCAGCCCAACAGCACGCAGGUUUUACCCAAAAUCCCCACCAAAAAGCAAUCCACAUCUCCGGACACUUUGCUGUCCAAUGAGCCUCCACAAAAGCACACCGACAGCAAUCUUUCCCAGUCUACAAAAGGCCAAGUCAUUGGCCAACAGUCUCAACCUGAAGACGUCUUCACCAAUAAGGAGACCGCAUCGCCACGUACUCUACGGACUUCCUUCCCCAUCAUUACCUAUCAGCAGAGCCCAUCGCCCAUUAGUCUUCACGUGAAGUCCCCCUCUCCGACGCCGUCCAAUCCGCUGUCACCAGCAAUUAGCCGGGAGUUGCUAUCUACAACGCCGUCCAAUCAGGAGCGGUCAAUCACACCAGUGAUGACAAAUCAGGAGCCUCCAUCCCCAACUACCAAAGUUCAACUCUUGCCAGUCGACCAAUCAGACGCUAGUCGGCCGUCCACAGGGACUCGGUCGUCCAUAGCCACGCCCUCGUCUGCUUCAAGCCUUGGCCAACGAAUAGUGAAAGAGGAUCCUUCCGAUGGCACAAAACAGAACGGGCCAGAAUUGAGCCCAGCGCCGCAGCGGCACAUGUCCAAGGCCAAGGCUGACGUCAGGAAGAAACUACAAGGGAAACUUCGACAGAGGCGCGGGCAGAGAGUGUAGAAAACCUCUGUCUACUGAGGCAUAAUCCGUCCACAAAUUAGGUGUCCGGAUGUAGCAUAUGUCCCAGAUACAGGCUAUGUUAUGUAUAAUUUUUGUAGCAUGCAAUUAUAAUUGAUGAGCCUAUAUGUUUGAUUUCAUUUGAAUACUCCGUCCAUUCAACAAUGCUCAUGGUGCACAAGACUAUCAGAAAUAUCAAAUAAAUGAAUUCAAAUAAAGGCAAUGAAG